AUGAGCAAAAUCAACAAGGACCUGGCAAGUCUAAAGAAGUCAAAAGCGAUUACACGGCUUGACUGGCAGAGGAUGAAACCAAAGGAUUCCGCGAUCGCGAGAUUCUAUGGUUUACCCAAGGUCCACAAACCAGGAACCCCCCUACGACCGAUCGUUUCUCUAAGAGGCACACCAACGUUUGGCCUGGCUAAGUGGCUGUUCCAGCGUCUGAAAUUCCUAACCCAAGGUUCUGAAACUACCAUCCACUCAGCAGAACGAUUUCUUGAGAAACUGCAAGGUAUUCAACUUACAGAUGACGAAGUGAUGGUAUCUUUCGACGUGGUAUCACUCUUCACUUCCAUCCCACAACAUCUCGCGGUUGAAACUGUGCAAUCCUUGUUAGAGCAACGUUAUAACGAGACGGACAACAAACUUAAGAUAAACCACCUUGUCGAUCUCCUGAAACACUGCUUGAAGACCUUCUUCACUUUCAAUGGAGCCACGUACGAACAAGUUAAGGGCACACCGAUGCGGUCGCCGUUAUCCAGCUUGAUUGCUGAGGCAGUGUUACAGCGACUGGAGGCACUGGCUUUUGACCACUACCGACCACGAUUGUGGGUACGGUAUGUUGAUGACACAUUUGUCAUCAUCAAUCGGGACAGGAUUGGGGAAUUCACGCAACAUCUGAACUCGAUCUUCCCAGAUAUCCAGUUCACGAUGGAGGAGGAAAAAGAUUGCCAGUUGCCGUUCCUCGACGUGCUAGUCCAGAGAAAAGGCGAUGGGGGACUAAAAACAACAGUUUACCGAAAGGCGACAAAUACCUCUCGUAUUCUGAGUUUUCUCAGCAACCACCCCCUUUCGCACAAACGCAGCUGCGUAAGAACACUCUACCGGCGGGUAGAAACCCAUUGCACAGAGCCAGCCGACAAGAAGGCCGAGGCUCAGUUCCUGAAGAAACUCUUCACCAUGAACGGCUACCCUGGGAAUUUCGUCGAAAAGUGCAGGCGAGAAACAGGGGGAAAAAAAUCGAAGGGGCAGCCGAAACCGAAGUGCUGGCGUGCAGUUCCGUACGUAGCUGGUUUGUCAGAAGAAUUCGCCAGACUGGUGAGCGAAUUUGGGAUCGGCGUCGCGCACAGACCUGAAGCCACAAUCCGCCGUCAACUCAUGCAGCCCAAGGAUCCGAUUCCCAUAAAUCAGAAAUCUGGGGUCAUCUACCGCAUAGAAUGCAAUUGCGGUCAGGCCAGUUAUGUUGGUGAAACCGGAAAACAGGUCCGCACGAGAUUGCAUGAGCAUGAAUUGGCCGUGAGACGGAAGGAUAAACUCUCUUUGGUAGCCGCCCACGCCUCCUCGCCAGGACACGCCUUUGACUUUGGGAGCGUGAGAAUACUAGGACAGUCAGACAACCGAGUUGCGCGCCUGCUGCAGGAAGCGUGGCACUCAACUGAGGACACGAUUAAUCGACAUAUCGAUCUGCUAAUCGCCUAUCACGCACUGCGUGAACAAAUCAACGGCGCAGCUAGAGGUCACCCCCGGCAGAGGUGA